CAGAGAUAAUAAUAGAGAGGCUUAGAGGUAGGUCGGCUAUGGCGGUGUGACUCUCAAACACACACUCACACACACAUGCUCUUCUGAAUUUCAAAGCUAGGCUUGGGUCUGAUCGGAGAUAGAGACGUCGUCGGUCGGUGAUCGGAGUUUGGGUUUUCCGUCGAGUGAGUGAGAGAGAGGGCUUGUGAUAUGGUGGUUUGAGUGAGAAAAGCUGAGCUGAGCUGAGAGAGAGAGAGAGAGAAUAGUGAAGAAAGAUGAAUGGGCAUGGAGAUAGUAAUGGUGAUGGAAAUGGAAGGUUUAGCGGAGUGGAGUGGGAUUACAUUCGGAGACACCAUCGCCAUGAACCAGCUGAUAAUCAGUGUAGCUCAGCUCUCGUCAAACACAUCAAAGCCCCAGUUCAUCUCGUUUGGUCCUUAGUGAGGAGAUUUGACCAACCGCAGAAAUACAAGCCGUUUGUUAGCAGGUGUGUUGCGCAGGGGAACCUUGAGAUUGGGAGUCUCAGAGAAGUAGAUGUUAAGUCUGGACUUCCUGCAACUACAAGCACAGAAAGAUUGGAACUUCUUGAUGAUGAAGAGCAUAUACUCAGCAUCAGGAUAGUUGGGGGAGAUCAUAGGCUUAGGAACUAUUCUUCCAUUAUUUCCCUCCAUCCCGAGAUCAUUGAUGGAAGACCAGGGACUCUCGUAAUUGAAUCGUUUGUGGUGGAUGUGCCUGAAGGGAACACAAAGGAUGAGACUUGCUACUUUGUUGAGGCCUUGAUCAAGUGCAAUCUCAAAUCACUUGCUGAUGUCUCAGAGCGGCUUGCAGUGCAGGACCGAACUGAACCCAUUGAUCGGCGCUGAAAAUUGGGGCUAGGGAUAUAGUGGAGGCUAGGGCAGCCAAGGAUGAAGCUUCCGAGGCUUUCGAAACUCGGAGGCUUUGGAGACAGACUGGCAAUUAUACUACUUCCUUCUUCAUACAUACUUGCACACUCUUGUCUGCUAUGUUAUUUGCCUUCCUUUUAAAAAUUGUAGUCUGGUUUUCCUGUCUUUAGCAGAUCAAGAACCACAGCUUUUAUAAGAGUUUCAGGAACUUUUCAUUAAUGAAAAUUAUUAAAAAAAAAAAAAAAAAAAAAAUGAAAAAGAAAAAAAAAGGCAAAAAAACGACAGUGUAGGUUCUCUCUUUUCUUCAGGCUUUUGUCCCAAUUGCGGUAUCCUUUUAUGGUUGUAUAUAUGUGCUGGAAAGAGAUGAUGUCUGUAUAUUUGGUUUCUGGUGUAGUAGUUUCUUGUUGCAUUUAAUUGAAGUCUUGUGAAAAGUUAGCAGUGAGUACUA